AUGACUCGACGUGCGCUGAUCACUGGUGCAACCGGGCUGCUAGGCCGGCAGGUUUUGAAGACCUUCGAAGAUGCCAAUUGGGAAACCAUCGGCACUGGUUUUAGCAGAGCAAAUCCACCCAAGAUUCGCAAGCUCGACAUCCAGAACGAGGAUGAGGUUAGAGCGUUGCUCGAUGAAGUGAAGCCACAGGUUAUAGUCCAUUCAGCCGCUGACCGACAGCCCGAUUCCUGUACUGCCAAUCCAGAGGGUGCUCGUAAGCUGAAUGUGGCAGCGACAGCAACCAUUGCAUCCCACGCUGCAACCAACAAUAUCUUCCUUGUCUACAUCUCGACCGAUUAUGUCUUCCCUGGAAAACCAGGACAAGCUCCCUACAAGAUUACCGACAAACCAGAGCCGACCAACAUAUACGGACAGACAAAACUCGAUGGCGAAACAGCGGUCCUUAAAGCCUCAAAACCUGGACAGGCAGUUGUCCUGAGAGUUCCAGUUCUAUAUGGCGAAACCGUACCCAAGGAGAACAACAAAGAAAGCGCAGUGAAUGUGCUCAUGGAUGCAUUGUGGAAGUCACAGAAAGGAGAGAAGGUUGUCAUGGACGACUAUGCCAUCCGCUAUCCUACAAACACAGCAGACAUAGGAAGAGUCAUACUGGAGAUCGCCAAGCUCUAUACUUCAGCCAUUUCCCCUUCGCAGCCUACGCAAACCAAGUCAGACUCCCUUCCACGAAUUCUGCAGUUCAGCUCUGAGGACCGCAUGACGAAGUACGAGAUUGUGCAGAAAUUUGGUGAGAUCAUGGAUCUUCCCGUGGACAAUAUGGUUCCAGAUCAAGAGAGUGGUAAGCAACCAGCCAAGGAUGGGACACUAAGACCAUACGACUGCCACCUAGACACGGGCGAGCUGCAGAAAUUAGGAAUAGAUGUGUCUACUGUCGAUUUCGUUGCCUGGUGGAGGAGGUGGGUUGGCGCUUAUCGUAGAUAG